AUGUGCCGGGGCCGGUUCCUGGGGGGCUGUGCGUGGCUGCUGGGGGGCCUGGCCCUGCUGCAGACCCUCUACCUGCGGGGGCUGCCCCGGCCGCGCCCCGCGCCCCGCCGCGCCCCCCGCGGGGUCCUGGACGCCUCGGGGGCGUUCCGGGUGUACUGGGACGUCCUGGGAGCCCCCCCAGGCUGGGCCCGCGCCCCCGGCCCCGAGCUGGUCCUGGCCACCCACGGCAGCCCCGGGCGAGCGGCGGCGGCGCUGGGGGGGCCCUGGGGGGGGCCGCUGUCGCUGGCGGUUUUUGGGGAGCCGCGGGGGGGGCUGCGGGAGCUGAUGGCGAUCCUGGGGGGGCCCUGCCGAUCCUUGCGGGGCCGCCUGAGGCUGCAGAGCGCCGGGGGGUGCCGGGGGGCGCUGGCGCGGCUGGCGGCCGCCGACCCCCCCAGUUACACCCUGGGGGUGCCGUACCCCGGGAAUCUGCUGCGGAACGUGGCCUGGGAGGGGGCGGCCGCGGGGGGGCUCCGGGGGGGCCCCCCGCCCAAAUUCGGGGCGCGUUUCGUGCUCAUGGUGGACGCGGACGUGGUGCCCAGCCCGGGGCUGCGCGAGGGGUUCCUGGCGCUGCUGCGGGACGGGGGGCUGCACCCCAAAAACUGGGGGGGACAGGAGGGGGGGCUCUGGGGGGCUGAGGGGAGGCUGGGGGAGCCCAAAGCUACGGAGUCUCAGAGGGAUUUGAGGACACAGGGGAACUUGGUGAACCCCAAACUUUUGGGUAUUCAGGGGGGUUUGGGGCACCCGAAAGCUUUGGGGACUCCUGGUGGUGGCCCGAGGGUGCCCAACACCUUGGGGGGCCCCAGUGUCCCGAGUGACCCCAACGCCCUGAGUGACCCCAACACCCGGGGUGACCUCAAUGCCCUGAGUGACCCCAAGACCCUGAGUGACCCCAACGCCCGGGGUGACCUCAAUGCCCUGAGUGACGCCAACACCCGGGGUGACCCCAGCUCCCUGAGCGCCCCCGAGGCCGCGGAGCCCCCCUGGGCGCGGGUGGUCUUCGUGCUGCCGGCCUUCGAGGUGCGCUCGGGGCUGCGUCCGCCGGGCUCCAAGGCGGAGCUGCUGCGGCUGUGGGGCGCGGGGGCGGCGCGGCCGUUCUACGGGGCGCUGUGCCCGCGCUGCCAGGCCCCCACCGACUUCAGGCGCUGGCGGGCGCUGCCGCCGCCGCCCCGGCUGCACGUGGCCUACGAGGCGGCCUGGAGGGACCCCUGGGAGCCGUUCUUCGUGGCCCCCGCCCACGGCGUGCCCCGCUUCGACGAGAGGUUCCUCCAGUACGGCUUCAACCGCAUUAGCCAGGCCUGCGAGCUGCACAUGGCCGGGUUCCGCUUCGCGGUGCUGGACGGGGCCUUCGUCACCCACCGCGGCUUCAAGGAGCCGGGGGGGUUCCACGAGGGCCGCGAGGCCGAGCUGGGCCUCAACCGCCGCCUCUUCCGGGGCUUCCGGGAGGAGCUGAGGCAGCGCUACCCCGGCUCCCCCCGGCGCUGCUGAGCACCUGGGACACGCCUGGGACACGCCUGGGACACUUGGGAACUCCCCAGUGGACACUGGAAGGAGCUGCUGUGAACUCCUGGGACAUCUGACACAGCUGGGGACGCACCUGGGACAGCUGAGGACCCUCCAAUGGAUGUUUGGCGUCGCCUGGGGACCCUCCGUGGACACCUGGAUGCCCCCCGGACAUGGGGGUGACCGUCCCUCAGCGCCCUCAGUAAAAAUGGCCGCCUACCCAUCA